AUGGGUACCCUGGACUACAUAGUUCCCACUGCAAAACCCAAAGAAAAGGAAGAUGCGAUGAAGAGCACCAGCCGGACCGUGACCGAGACCCUGGAAGGCAAGGGCCCCCCAGCGCCCAGCGAAUUCAAUUUACCAAUAAUAAUCCGUGCAGGGGAGCAUGAACACACCAUCGUGGGGUACAGCCUCGUGAAGGGCGUGGGCGACGGCGAGCCCAUCGCCUCGGAGCGCUUCACCGUCGGCGGGCAUGAAUGGUACUGCGCGCUGUUCGUGGCGCUGAUCGGGGAGGGCGAGGCGCCGCAGGGCGUGCUGAGCACGGGCGAGGGGCGUGUGGUGCGCGCCUUCCACCGCUUCACGCUGGUGGACCAGACCGGGCGCGGCGGCGACGUGUCCAAGGGCCGGCGCCGGGACCAGGGCGCGGUCAAGAUCUCCUGUUCCCGCGCCGACCCCCAGGCCCGCAACUGCCACGGCUACCGCAAGUUCGUCAAGCGCAGCGUGCUGGAGGACCCGGGGCGCGGCCUGCUGGUGGGCGACACCAUCGUCAUCCGCUACCACAUCCAGCUGCUGGCCUGCCUGCUGGACAGCGGGGAGGGCGCCGACGUCAGCUUCGAGGUGGAGGGCCAGACCAUGGCCGCGCACAAGAUCCUGCUCCAGGCGCGGUCCCCGGUGUUCAAGGCGUUGCUGACGGGGCCGAUGCUGGAGGGGCAGGGGCUGAGGCCGCGCGUGGAUGUUCAGGGCGUGAAGCUCCCCGUCUUCAAAGUCCUUCUGCACUUUGUGUACGCCGACGACCUGCCAGAGGAGCUGCAGGACAACCGCAUGGAGGUGGCCAUGGCCCAGCACCUGCUGGUGGCCGCCGACCGCUUCCAGCUCAUCCGCUUGCGCGGAAUCUGCGAGCAGCGCCUCUGCGUCAGCAUCGAGGAGGAGACGGUGGCCACCACUCUGGCCCUGGCCGAGCAGAACAACGCGCUGGAGCUGAAGCGGGUGUGCCUGGAGUACGUCGCCCUGCACCUGAAAAAGGUCAUGGCCACCGAAGGGUACCAGUACCUUAUCUACACCUGCCCGCAAGUCCAGUCAGAGCUCCUGCAGGUCAUCUCGGGGCUCAAUCGGUCAGCGGGUACAGCGUAUCUGCCCGCCGGCCUGGCCGCAGUGAGGGCCGGGGAGGACGAGGCAGACGUGAUGGACCAGCUCCACCACAACCUGGGGGUGGGCGGGGAGUCGUCUACGGAGGGCCACAUGCGCCGCGUUCGCGCACGGCACGACUGA